UAUAAGAAAUGUCAUUUUUUUGUCGGCAUAAUUUUUUUACUACUGCUGUUGUUCUGUUUUCUUCUAAUUUUUUUUGGUGCUGCAAUUUUGUAACACAUUUAGAAAAAUAUUAAUAAUUAUAAAUAAAAUAUGGCCAUUUCCUAUAGCUGUCAAGAUUUUCUAGGCUUCCAAGAUGCUCUCAAGAAGAUGCGUGAUAUUGAUGAUAAAAUAAUUUAUGCCCUAAAUACCUCACUGCCAACGGAAUCAUUCAAAGGUCAAGUGGAUGGUGAGAAGACCUGCAAAGAUUUAUAUUCUAAAUUACAAACUGGACACAAGCAACGUGAGGAAGCCAUACGCAGUUGUAUAAUGCUUUCAGCCGAAACACUAAAAAGUCUACGAGAAAAACGUGAAUCCCAGCCGGAUGAUAUGGAUGUGGAUAAGAAAUUUAAAUCGGAACAAAGAAAGUUACGUGUUUUACAAUCCGAACUAAAUGUAGAGGAUAUUGUUAAAGAACGUUCUUACAAGGCGUUUAAUGAACGUUGUCGUUUAUAUUUUAGAGCUGGUGCUUCAGCUUUAUGAGCCAGCCAUCUAUUUCUUUUUUGUAGAGAUAAAAGGGUUUGUUUUUUGUAAUCCCUGUAGUUAGCUACUUUUUAAUAACGUUUCAAACUUUUUUUCAUUUAAUGAUUUUUGUGCUAAGUACAAUUUAAACUUUAUAAAGUUUGCAUUUUUUUAAAUUUGCUUAUGUAAUUUUUGAAAAGCAAUUCACGAUAAGUUGUUUUUUAUAUACAUAUUGUUUUUUUUAUUAUGAAAAUACGUUUAAAAUGUUAUUGUUACCAAUAAAAACAUUUAUUUCCGCAGAAAUUGUGAACCGCA